AUGUCAUCAUCAUCCCCAAUCCAGAAAGUCCUCAUUGUCGGUGCGACUGGCCUUCUCGGACCGCACCUAGUGUCCGUUUUCGACGCUGAUGCCCAAUUCCACGUGUCCAUCCUCACACGCCAGUCAUCAUCCAGAAGUCGGCAAUUCCCACCCCAUAUCACAAUCCACACCGUCAGCGGUGAGUACGACAAAAGCGAAUCCGAAUUGGUCAAGAUCUUCACCGGUCAAGAUGCUAUCAUCAGCGCGAUCGCCGCACAGGCUGUGCCGCAGCAGAGAGUUCUGAUCGACGCCGCCGUCAAGGCUGGCGUGAAGCACUUUGUGCCAUCGGAGUAUGGACACGAUACGCGGAAUGAGCAGGCAGCACAACUGCUUCCGCCGUUUUUUGUCACCCACAAGAGACAAGUCGUGGAGUAUCUACAGAGUAAGGAGGUUGAGGGACUAAAGUGGACCGCUUUUGUGACAGGUUAUGAUUUCUCAAGGAAGCAUGCCAUGAUUCUGAAGGAAUACGGUGAUUAUCAUUGGUCGACGACUACUUUUCACAUCGCUGCCUUGGCCGUCAAGAACGCUAUGCUAAUGACAUCCGAGAAGAUAGCGAACAGAUAUCUGUUCGUUGAGUCUUUCAACGUCUCCCAGAAAGGAAUUCUGUGUGCACUCGAAGAGCUGACAAGCACGAAGUGGGAUGUGAGUUACCAUGACGCAGAAGAGGAAAGACGGGUGGCGGUCGAGAAACUGUCUCGAGGGAACUUCAGCGCGAUCCCGACUCUCAUGCGCUAUGUUACGUGUGCCAGAGGGUAUGGAGGAGAUUAUAUGUGUUACGAGGAGAGUGCGAAUGACUUGCUAUCCUUGCCGGAGGAGAGUCUGCGCAGCGCCUUAACAAAACUGUUAAACUGA